AGAGAGAGAGAGAGAGAGAGAGAGAGAGAGAGAGAGGGGGAGGGAGGGAGAGCAAAAAAGAAAGAGUGCGAGUGUUGCAGUCUUUACUCAUUCUUCAGUGGACCACGAUCAGUUCACAUCUCUCUUCUGAACACAUGCAGUCUCAUAUAGCCUGAGACAGACAGAGACAGAUAAACAGGCUGAGAGAAAGACAGACGCUGAAGGAGGUCAAAGGUUUCACGGGGACUGAAGUGGCAUGGCUCAGGGCUCUGACAAUAGCGACACCAGCUACACCAAAUCCCCCUCACCGGGCAAUAAACAGGGUUCAACGGAUGACGUAAGGAAGGUGAUGAGGAGAGAAAAGAACCGCAUCGCGGCGCAGAAGAGCCGAAUGAGACAAACGCAGAAAGCCGACAGUCUGCACCUGGAAAGUGAAAGUUUGGAGAAGGAAAACGCAGCGCUCAGAAAAGAGGUGAAAAGACUCACGGAGGAGGCCAAAUAUCUGUCCACGGUCCUGAGCAACCAUGAGCCGCUGUGCACGGGCUUGAGCGGCGCGUCCACGGAGAUUCUUUACGGCGCGCACCACGGCGCGUUCCACCAGCAUAUUAGCAUGCCGCACUACCCGCUCUGACCGGCAGAGGCCGCUGGAAUCCGCCUGUGGGCGACAGUCAAUGAACUUUGGUUUGAGUCAUUAACCACAAAACAGAUUCAUCAGCGGGCAUCGAAGAGAUCUUAAAAUCAUCUACUGAAAAUCAGAAAAAUAAAAAAAAGCGUCCAGAUGUAACGAUUUCUGUGACAAUGAUAUCUUAAUAUCAUUUUUUUCGUCUUAAGCAAAAUAAUCCCAGCUCCUCGAACAAAACCUCAUGUCUGUAAAAUGCAAGCAUCUGUAGAGUUAAAACGUUGGCUACUUGCAAAGGUGCAUGGCAAUGACACAAUGAAUGUUUUCAAUUUAGAUUUCAUUAGAAGCCACUCUACUGAUUCAUAUGAUCAUUUACUUUAUUCUAUUUCUGUGAAAUGUUUAUGAGACGACAUAUGGGACUUGAUUCUAAGAAAAAGUGAUGAUGAUUGUUUAUCCUGUUCACAGAUAUUAUGUGUGAAUGUUUUUCUAUUAUGACUCAUUUAAGAUGUUGAAUUGAUCAAACAUUCUGAAUGUACUUUAUACACAAUUCUAGCCGAUUAUUUUUAUUCUAAACCCUUUGGGAUAUUCUAAAGUUGGACAAACUGCUAAGUUAUCCUAUAUCUCAAAAUUGGAGGAAGGAACAUUUGUAUGUGUGAUCUUCUGCGAUCACCUGUGAUAAAAUAAAUAAAAACGUAAAAUAUACAGACACGUUUCAUGAAUUUGAA